GCCGACACGACCAAAAUGCCCCCGGUGUGCUUGAUUCGGCAAGGUGACGAUGCGCUCGAGACAUGCCCAGAUGGCAUCGCACUGCUGCAGUCCCUGAAGCAUGAGCCUGUCGCCGUUAUUUGCCUCGCAGGUCAAUACAGAACUGGCAAAAGUUUCUUCUUGAACCAAAUGUGCCGAAGCAAAGACUUGGCGGUCGUGCAGAGCAACGACGGAUUCGUUGUCGGGCCAACGACCGAGUCUUGUACUCGAGGUAUUUGGAUAUGGGACGCCGACCAGAGGAACGCUCGCGGCGAGAAGGUGCUGCUCAUGGACACGGAAGGGAUUGCAUCAACUGACAACGACGAAACGUACGAUGCCAAGAUAUUCUCUCUGGGACUUCUUCUCUCGUCCGUGUUUGUGUUCAACACAAUGGGCGUCAUCGACGAAGGCGCAAUUGACCGUUUGUUCCUUGUUUCCGAGCUGACCAAACACGUGUGUGUCCAUCAACACGGCACGGCAGACGACGAGAAGCUCAGUCUCUCCAACGCCAUCGACGAUGAGCAACUCGCUUCGGCCAACGAAGCCUCGUUGGCACCGCACUUUCCUCCAUUCGUGUGGCUCUUGCGGGAUUUCUUGCUUGACAUCCAGGAGAAUGGCGAGACGUUGACACCCAACGUCUACCUGGAGCGAUCACUGCAGCGACGGGAAGGCACUUCCAAGCGCAAUGAAGAACGGAAUCGCAUUCGACAGAGCCUGCGCACGCUCUUCACACAACGAGAAUGCGUGACGCUGAUCCGGCCCGCGACGGAUGAAGACAAGCUGCGAAAUGCCAGCGAACUCACGGACGACGAGUUGCGCCCUGAGUUUGUGGUUCAAAUGCGCGUGAUUCGGGAGCGACUGCUCGAAAUCGCACACCCCAAGCGCGUGCUCAACCAAGUAAUAGACGGCACCAAGCUCGCCCAUAUCGUCCAAAACUACGUGGCGACGAUGAACAACGGUGCCGUCCCCGACAUCAAAGCGGCGUGGGACUACGUGAGCGACGUGACAUGUGAAGCUGCCUACUUUCACUCGCUGGACGAAUACAAAGCGAUCAUGGCAACCAACACGUCGAUGGCGCAGCAGGAGUUCGAACGUGUGUACAAGGAGGCACAGGAUGCCGCGCUGAAUGUGUUCAAGAAGGAGUCGGUCGAAGGCGAGGCGAGGAAGCGAUGCUUUCAGAACCUCAAGAUAGCGAUCGCCCAAGAUCGAACACAACAAAUCAAUGCGCUGCAGGUGAAGUCCACUGAGUUUUGCACGGAGGUGGUGAGCCGACUGGCGCACGAAUACAUCAAACAACCCAUUGAGCGCGGCGACUGGGACGGCAGCAAGGGCACGAUCGACCUCUGCCAUCGACUCUCGCCGUUCUUCGCUGCAUACGACUUGGAAGGCGAUGGCCCGUCGAAGACCAAAGUGCUCGUCCAGUUUGCGAAGGUUGACAUGCUGACCAUCCUGGAACUGCUGUUCUCCCGCAUGACGCAUCUCCAUGACACGCUGCUGGAGAGCACGAAAAUGGCCGCGGACGACAUGAUUCGAGAAGGCGAGAGCGUGCGACGAGCACAAGAGCAAGAACUCCACCAGCUGCAAGUGCAAGUCGCGCGACUGCAAGGCGUCGUGUCGACGUUGGAAGAGAAAUUGGACAAUGCGAAUGAGAGCGUGACCGCGCUGAAGCAAACUAACCAACAUGCGCAGGAGCAACUUGAAAGCGCUGAGGCCAAACGAGCUGCGCUUCGAUCGGAACUCGACUUGGUGAAGGACCAACAUGCGGUGCUUGCGCUGGACAACGUCAAGUUGACGUCCCAGUUAGACCACGCCAACCAGGCGACCGAACAAGCUAUCGCCGACCGAAACGCCAUCCAGCACAACUUGACGGCAGACUUGAACGAAGAGCGCGCCGAACGGAAGAAAGAGCGCGAGACUGCCAUCUCGAACCUCGCGAAACAGGCGGCCGAACUGCAUGCGGUGCAGCGUGCGUUCAAGGCAUGCAGCGCAGAGCUCGAAGAAGCGAAUCGUGCGACGGUGCUCGUGUCAAAGGAGCGAGACCUUCUCAGUGCUAAGAUCAAGAGUCUCUUGGAAGUCCACGAAGACACGAUCGAUCAACUGAACGAGAUGAAGAUAAGCCAUGACGCGUUUGCCGACGAGAAGGAGCGACUGACUCUGCGAUGCGAGCGGCUGGAGCAGCAGCUCGGCGACAUUGGAGUGUGCAAUCAGGUGGAAAACGUAUUGAAUGGCCUUUGCCUGGAAAUCGCCAAGCAAUUCGAAUCGGACAAGGCCAUUGGCAUCGUGAUCGAAGAAAAGGCGGCGCUGCAAGAGCGCCUUGGUGAGCUCCAUGAGAAGAUUUCGACGCUGCCAGAUUUCUACCAGCGCCAAGUAUUUUGUGCCGAAGAACCAGUGCCAGACUUUUUUGAAGCGCUGACCAAGUUCAUAGGGCAGUAGACAAACAUGGAGAAAACCAUCAUGUUGUUAACCCCCGGUUGAUUCUAAUACCCUCGUCGGUCACGGGAUCUCGAUCGACUUCGGCGGUGACUAGAUGAGUGCUUGUCACCACCGUCGUCCCGGCGGCUUCGACCGUACCCAUCGUCCCGUCGGUCGGAGCCGCGCGAUGACUCUGCGCGGCCAUACCCCGCGUCUCGGUCGAAAUCCACAUCGCGCCUGCUGCUUCGCGAAUCGGACGUGCGACCAUAACCUGCAUCUCGAUCAUAGUACCCGCUGUCUCGAUCGCUUCUCGACGAAUACGAACCAGUGCGCCUGUACCCAUCAUCACUUCGGCGGUCAGAGCGAGACGAUUCGGUGCGGCCUGAAUCUCUGUGUCGCGAAUCGUAAGCAUCGUCUCGGCGGCGGUCAGAACGUUCACUGCCACGGUCCGAGUAAUCACGGGAGUGCCGGUAGUCGCUGCGGGAAGAACGCUCGGCGCUUCUUCUAUCUCUGCUGGAAACAUGUCCACCGCGUUCCGAUUCGCCUCUGCGGCUGUCUUCCUGACGACUGCUGUUGCGAUCGCUUCGUGAAUGGUAUCUAUCGUCUCGUUCACUUCGGUGUCCGUCGUCGCGAUCGCUUCUGUGAUGUCGGUUUUCGGCAUCAUCAAAUUGACCCCGAGCUGGCGGGCCUGAUGGCGGGAGUGCGUUACGCUGGGGAGAUGGUCUCGACGGUGGAAGAGUGGCGGCUGGAGCUGCACUAGAUGCUGGGUUUGUCAUCCAUGCAGGGAGCGUAGCAUCCUUUCCUCGUCCUCGGCCAGCCAUGUUUCCCUCCACACGAU